AGCCAAAUAGUUAGAUGAACUAAUCAAACCUAGCAGUAGCAGAAUGUGAACCCAUUGAUUAGGCCAACCACAAUAGAUAGGACUGAAGGAGUACAUGGUUUUGAGCUAAAAGCAAAUCCAUGGCCAUGGCCAUCUCCUCCUUCCUCAGGUGUAUCCUCUAUAUCUAUAGUUUCUUUGCUUUUCUAUGCCUUUAUGCCCAAGAAGUUAGAGAGACUACAGAAAUCCACCACCUUCAUCAUACUCAUAUUGUUCAACUCAGCUCUCUAAUGCCAUCAACUACUUGCAGUGCUUCUACCAAAGGUCCUAAAAGGAAGGCAUCCUUAACAGUGAUACACAAGUAUGGUCCAUGCUUUCAAAGCAUCGAAGACCAAGUACAGGUUCUCAGUCACACUGAAAUCCUUCUUCAAGACCAAUCAAGAGUGAACUCAAUCCACUCUAAGCUCUCCAACUACUCCAAUGGCAACAAGUUAAGGGAAUCUAAGGCCUCCACCCUUCGUGUUAAAUCUAGUCUCAUCCUUGGCACUGGUAUCUACAUUGUCACCGUUGGCCUUGGCACUCCCAGAAGAGAUCUAAAACUCGCAUUUGACACUGGUAGCGACCUUACUUGGACACAGUGUAAACCAUGCACAGGACAAUGCUAUAAGCAAGUAGACCCAAUCUUUGACUCAUCCAAAUCAACGUCAUACACCAACAUUACAUGUCCUACACCCUUGUGCUCUCAACUCAGUUCUGCCACAGGAAUGUCACAACAGUGCUCUACCUCUAAGAAGUGCAUAUACCUUACAGAAUAUGGUGACGGUUCGUUUACAACUGGAUAUUUCAGCAAAGAAAGGCUAACCAUAACAUCAGACGUGAUGGAAAACUUCAUAUUCGGUUGUGGCCUAGACAAUGAAGGCCUCUUCAAUGGCUUUGCUGGGUUGCUAAGUCUUGGUCGCGCCCAAGUUUCCCUAGUGAAACAAACAGCUCAAAAGUAUGGCCAAUUCUUCUCAUAUUGUCUACCUUCCACGACUAGCUCAACAGGACACCUUACUUUCGGAAAAGGCAAUGGAGUUUCCAAUACCAUAAAGUUCACACCUAUGUUAAAGCCUUCUCAAGGGCCAUCAUUCUAUGGCCUUAACUUGAUUGGAAUAAGUGUGGGUGGGCGUAAAUUAUCAAUUCCCACAUCAGUUUUUUCGACUGUGGGUUCUAUUAUUGACUCAGGGACGGUCAUAACACGUUUGCCUCCUACCGCAUACAAUGCAUUGCGAACAACAUUUCGAAAACUGAUGCGUAAUUAUCCGAUGACAAGCCCAAUUUCGCUACUCGAUACAUGUUAUGACCUUAGCAAGAGCAAGUCUGUUUCGAUUCCACACAUAAGCUUUUUGUUCGGUGGUGAUGUGAGCGUAGAUUUGGACAAAGUGGGAAUAUUUUACAUGUUGAGCCCAACGCAAGCUUGUUUAGCCUUUGCUGGAAAUAGUGAUCCAAGCAACAUUGCCAUUUUUGGGAAUGUACAACAAAAAGGGUUAGAGGUGUUGUAUGAUGUUGCUAGAGGGAGGAUUGGGUUUCGCCCGGGUGGUUGUAGCUAAUCUAGUCAAAUAUAUCAAAUAUAUAUACUUAUUAUAUAAGCUCAACCUGAGAUCUUGCCAUGUGUGAUAUUUGGAGCUUUCCAUUCUUGACAUGUGGCAGAUUCCUCAAUAAAAUCAAGCUGAUAUAGAUUAAUAAUGCCACAUGGCAACUCACAAUUUGUACACAUCAUUGAUAUUUGACAUCAAUAAAUUUUAUUGCCUAUUA